AUGCAACCCUUACCGGAACGUUUCACCGAACGCCUCAUCCGAUCACUUGAGCACCGCAUUCGUCUCCUCCACCGUUCCAACUCCCACUUCUUCAUCCUCGGUGCCACCGGGAACGUCUACACCGUCACUCUCUCCGCCGCCCCCUCCUGCAACUGCCCUGACCCCACCACCCCUUGCAAACACAUUCUCUUUCUCUACAUUCGCGUUCUCUCUCUCUCCCCUGACGACCCUUGUCUUCGGACUCGCACCCUCCGUCCUUGUCAACUCACCCGCCUCCUCUCCGCCCCCGUCUCAUCUGAAACAGUCGCCGGUGCAGCCAUACGACAACGUUUUCAUGAAUUAUACCUCCGUCGCAUUGCUACCACGCCACCGGUAAUUACGGUGGAAGAUAAUUCCACGUGUCCGAUUUGUCUGGAGGAGAUGGGGGUGGGUGGUCGGAGACUAGUGGCGUGUGCCACGUGUAAGAAUCCUAUUCAUGAAGAAUGUUUGAUGGCUUGGAAGAAUAGGAGAUCAAGAACUUGCGUGAUUUGCAGGGCAAGGUGGAGAAACAUAGACGAAGAAGAUAGGUAUAUUAACCUCUCGGCUUAUGUUAGUGAAGACGAUGAAGUGGCUCAUAAUAGUACGGGACAAGAUUAUUGUGGGGUUAAUCUUAAUCAACAAUGA